CAAAGAUAAGGCUCUGUACUUCUUCUAUUUAAACUAUCACGAAGUUCAUAUUCUCAACGGCUGGUCGACUAUCUGUCCUGAGCCGUGGCUCUGCAGGCAGACUCAGAGCCUUCAUCAAAACCACCUUAAAGAGGCUUGAAGCGGGCCUUAUGGGUCUCUGUAGUGUCUGAAACAUCUUCCUCAAACCUUGUCAAGUUGGCUAGACAAUAAUGGGAAUGUAUAAAAGUACCUGAGAGUUCAACAUCUAAAAAACAUCAAUGGAAAAGAAUUUCAGUUUCGAGGGCAGUGACACGUCCUAUGAACACAGCGAGUCAGCCUUCCCUUCUCCCGUGAGACUGAGCGGCAUCUAUGACAUAGAGGCGAGAAGGGAGGAAGAGGAUGAGGAGAAUGAGCCGUCUGUGGAGGCCAUCUUCAUCCCCAUUGAUUCAGAGGCUUCUCUGAACCUGAACACCAAUGCCACCACAAGAGGAGAUGCUCAAGCGUAUGUGGAGCUGAAUGAGCUGCAGGGCAACACCUGGCAGGAGACUGGCCGCUGGGUGGGCUACGAGGAGAACUUAAACACCGCCACAGGAAAAUGGGGUCCUUCUCAUGUCUCGCAUCUCUCCUUCAAGAGCCUGAUCCAGCUCCGCAAGACCAUGUCCACAGGCGCUGUCCUCCUUGACCUGAAUGCCAGCAGUCUGUCUACUGUGGCUGAGAAGGUGGCCGAUGAGCUGCUGAACAAGAAUGAGAUUCGUGCCAGUGAUCGUGAAGGCCUGCUGCGAGCUCUCCUUAUGAGACGCAGUCAGUCUGCAGGACCUGUGGUUACUCCCUCUGGAGACGUUGAGAUGCAGACCUUUUCUGUAACCAAGAAGAGAGACACCUCUGACAACAUGGAGGCUUCAAUUGUCCUCUCAGGUGUCCUGGAGAUCCUGCAGAAACCAGUGGUGGCUUUUGUGAGGCUGAGUGACUCUGUGGUGAUGGACUCCUCCCUGGAGUCUCCUGUCCCCGUACGCUUCAUCUUUGUGCUGGUGGGCCCCAGCCAGAGCGACAUAGACUACAGUGAAAGUGGCCGUGCCAUGGGGGCUCUGAUGGCUGACUGGGUGUUCUGUCUGGAGGCCUUCUUGGCUCAGAGUGAGAAAGAGCUGACCAACGCCAUCGCUGACUUCAUGGACUGCAGCAUUGUGAUCCCUCCCACUGAGAUCCAAGAUAAGGGAAUGCUUGAUCCAAUCAUCAAUUUCCAGAAGAAGAUGCUGACUGCCAGAGUUCGUCCCAUUAACUCUGGUCUUGCCUUUGGUGACAGGGUCAAAGUUGAGAAAGCUCCAGAGGAACCUCGGGAGGACCCUCUGGCCCGUACAGGCUAUCCUUUCGGUGGGAUGGUGAAGGACCUGAAGCGCCGUUACCGGCACUACCUCAGCGACUACAUAGACGGUCUGAACCCUCAAGUCCUCGCUGCCGUCAUCUUCAUCUACUUCGCUGCCCUGUCCCCGGCCAUCACUUUUGGAGGGCUUCUGUCUGACAAAACAGAUAAAAUGAUGGGCGUGUCAGAGCUUAUGAUCUCCACCAGCAUCCAGGGUGUCAUCUUCUGUCUCAUCGCCGCUCAGCCUGUCCUUGUAAUCGGCUUCUCGGGACCACUGCUGGUGUUUGAGGAAGCUUUUAGCGCUUUCUGCAAGUCCCAGGGCAUUGAGUACAUCGUGGGUCGUAUCUGGGUGGGGAUGUGGCUGAUAGUGAUCGUGAUCAUCAUUGUGGCCGUGGAAGGCAGCUUCCUGGUCAGAUUCAUCUCCCGCUUCACUCAGGAAAUCUUCUCCAUCCUCAUCUCUCUCAUCUUCAUCUAUGAGACCUUCAAUAAGCUCAUCAAGAUCUUCGAAGCCCACCCUCUGAUUCUAAACUACGAUCAUGUGAACUUGUCACUGGAAAACCCCUUCCACACGAUCAUCACGGAGCACUCUGUGAGGGAUCAUUUCGGCAACAUAACCAUUCAUGAGAAGGAGACUGAAAGAGCCUAUCCCAACACUGCCCUUCUUUCUAUGUGCCUUAUGUUGGGUUGCUUCUUUGUUGCGUACUUCCUCCGUCAUUUCAAGAAUGGUCAUUACUUCCCCGGCCCGCUCCGUCGUAUGAUUGGAGACUUCGGUGUCCCCAUUGCUAUUUUCAUCAUGAUUGCUGUGGACAUCUGCAUUGCGGAUGCUUACACUCAGAAACUGGUUGUGCCGAAAGGUGUUGAGGUGAGCAACCCCAAAGUGAGAGGCUGGUUCAUCAACCCCAUGGGAGAAAAGCAGGACUUCCCCAUCUGGAUGAUGGUCGCCUGCUGUGUACCAGCACUGCUCGUCUUCAUCCUCAUCUUCCUGGAGUCCCAGAUUACUACGCUGAUUGUGAGCAAACCUGAAAGGAAGAUGGUGAAAGGAUCCGGUUUUCAUUUCGAUCUGCUCCUCCUGGUCAUCAUGGGGGGCAUCGCCUCUUUUUUCGGGGUGCCCUGGUUGAGCGCUGCCACUGUGCGAUCCGUCACCCACGCCAACGCUCUCACUGUCAUGUCCAAGGGCCCGAAACCAGAGAUUGAGAAGGUGCUUGAGCAGAGGAUCAGUGGGAUGCUUGUGGCCAUCAUGGUUGGUGUUUCUAUCUUCAUGGAACCUCUUCUGAAGAUGAUUCCAAUGACAGCCUUGUUCGGUAUCUUCCUCUACAUGGGUAUCACCUCUCUGAGUGGAAUCCAGAUGUGGGACAGGAUGCUUCUGCUGAUUACACCAAAGAAAUACCAUCCUGCUGUGCCCUACGCUACCAGGGUGAAGACAAUGCGUAUGCAUCUCUUCACUUUUAUCCAGCUCAUAUGCCUGGGUGUCCUGUGGGUGGUGAAGAUGAGUCCCUUCUCUCUGGCGCUGCCUUUUGUUCUCAUCCUCACCAUCCCUCUGCGCAUGUUAAUGACCGGCACGCUCUUCUCUACCAUGGAGAUGAAAUGCCUGGACGCAGAUGAUGCCAAAGUGACAUUUGAGGAGGAAAUUGGGGUAGAUGUGUACAAUGAGUCCCCACUGCCAUAAACAAUAUCAUUAAUGUUUCAUUCACAAACUGUCACAUUCACUCAAUUCUCAAAUGCCAAUAAUGAUGUGAACAUUUAAUAUAGGGUGUCUUUAAAAACACAUAUUUGUAAACAUAUAAAGUUUUAAACUUUUCUGUUCUGUUAUUAUUAUUUAUCUUGAAAGGAAAUGACCUCUCAUUUCUAGAAUGCAUACAUUAAUAUACCUACUUAGAUAUUGAGUUAUGUUUUGAUCCAGGAAAACAACAUUUGAUUGAUUUAAAUGAGAAGUAUUUUUAUUUGAGACGUGAGGCGAAACCAUUUAUAGUAUUGUUUUUUGUGCAUAACUACAGUAUAGCUUUAAAGUGACUACAAGUGCUGCCGCAUCGUAGAUCUGCCCAUGUUAUAAUAAUAUGAUUCCACUUAACCUAAAGUUCACUAUUUAAGUCAAGCAACGCUGAUCUAUUCAGCCCUUUACAUGCGCACAAAUGUUUUUUAUUUUCAUGGGAUUGCCCCACAAGCCUUUGUCCCAUACAGUAGCCCUUGAUCAUUCAAAACAUUGUGUUUUAGAUUGUGUUACAUGAGUUUGCCUCAUUUGAUGUGUAUAGGAUGUGUAAUGCACUUACGUCUGGUUUUAAGUGUGUAAUUGCUUUCAUGAUUUUAAAAUAGGAUGAGCAGUAAUAAGUAGAUAGUGGAUGAUGAGAUAAAUUGUUGGAGCAGAUUGUUGUACUGAUGAUAUAAUCAGGGGGAAACUUAUUUGUAAAUGUAUCUUUAAAAUGCCUGUUCAUGUGUGUGUGUGCCUGAAACACUGAACAUGCUUGAUUGGAUUGUAUGUAUUCUCACUUUAUUAAAAAUAAAAACAUCCAUUUAA